AUGGAUGCCACCGCCCCGCUCCUCCUGCUCCCCCUGGUUUGGGGGUCCCACGGGUCCUGGUCCUCCCCAUGCCCCGGCAACGGGGAGCCCUGCCGCCUGGCCUUCGUGUCGCACAACCCCGCCGCGCUCCCGUGCGCCGCCCCCGGGGCCGCCUGGGCCUUCCUUCCCCUGGGCCCGGGCCCCCGGACGCCGUGGGGCCUCCUCCCGCCCGGGGCCUCCGUGGCGGCGUCCGGCGCCCUCCACCUUGACCGGCCCCCACCCAACGCGUCUGGCCUCUACCGCUGCCGGGACCAGGACGGCCACACGCGCGCACUCUACGAGGUGGACUUCCAGCCGGCCGAGGCCCUGCGGCUCAGCCACGCAGGGCUGGGCCAGCGGGCCCUGGGCCCUGAGCCGGGGGUGGCGGGGUCUCGGGGCGGGGCGGCACUGCUGACGCGCUGGGGGCCGUGGCAGCCGUGCGGCCUGUGCGGGGCCCCGGCCGAGCGGAAGCGGCUGGGCCUCUGCUUUGCGCUGUUGCCCCUUGGCGGCCCACAGCCGUGUGGCCUGGCCAAGCUGCCGGGGCCGGGCCGGGGGCCCGAGCUCAGGAUCGAGACCUGCUGGGAGCCCUGCGACGCGGCCGGGCCCGGACCCACCGUCGGACCCCUCCUGGUCUCCGGCCGCUACGAGGUCCCCGAGGGCGGCGGCGCCAUCUGGCUGACCUGCCCCUCGGGCUCCAUUUACAGGCCCGUGGCCUGGCUGGGCGAGUCCCGAGCCCUGACGUGGCUGGAACAGCUGCGGCCCAACGCGUCGGACCCGCUGGGCCCCGUCCUGGAGCCGGCCACGGGCGGCAGCCGUAUCCGCGUCUCCUCCCCCGGCCUCUACCGCUGCUUCGUGGACCAGAGGCUGGUGGGACGCUUCGUGCUGGCGCGGCCCGGGCCCCCGCCGCCGGACCCGCCCGAGCUGCGCCGGGCGCAGGCCGCGGUACAGGCUCUGCUGGCGGCCAGCGGGGCGGCCCUGCUCGCCCUCCUAGCCCUCAGUGCGGGGGCCGCCUGCGGGGGCGGCGGGGGCCCCCACAGGAAAUAAACCGGCCCCCCACCCACGUGAGGCCCUGGCUCUGUCAGAGGCUGGGGCGGCUCUGCUCCCGCCCAGUCCAGCCCCGCGCCGCGCAUUCCUGGCCCCAGACCGCGCUAACUCGGUUUUGGACACUUUAAU